AAGGACCCCGGAGGUCCUCGCUGUCGCCACCGAGGCCCAUCCGUCGCCGCCGGAGGGACGCGUCCGGGCCGUUUCUCGGCUGCCAGAAUGUCGACAAAGAAUUUCCGCGUCAGCGACGGAGACUGGAUCUGCCCGGACAAAAAGUGUGGAAACGUUAACUUUGCUAGAAGAACCAGCUGCAACAGGUGUGGACGGGAAAAAACCACAGAGGCCAAGAUGAUGAAAGCCGGAGGGACUGAAAUAGGGAAGACUCUUGCUGAAAAGAGCCGUGGUCUCUUCAGUGCCAAUGACUGGCAGUGCAAAACAUGUGGUAAUGUUAAUUGGGCCAGGAGAUCAGAAUGCAAUAUGUGCAACACUCCAAAAUAUGCAAAACUGGAGGAAAGAACAGGGUAUGGUGGAGGCUUUAAUGAAAGAGAGAAUGUUGAGUAUAUAGAACGUGAAGAGUCAGAUGGGGAAUAUGAUGAGUUUGGUCGUAAAAAGAAAAAGUAUAGAGGGAAGCCUGUUGGUCCAGCAUCUAUCCUAAAGGAAGUUGAAGAUAAGGAAUCUGAAGGGGAAGAAGAGGAGGAUGAGGAUGGAGAUCUGUCUAAAUAUAAAUUGGAUGAGGAUGAGGAUGAAGAGGAUGGUGAUCUCUCAAAAUAUAAUCUUGAUGCUAGUGAGGAAGAAGAUUCUUCCAAGAAGAAGAAAACUACAGCUAGGCGCAGUCGUUCCAAGUCUCGAUCUUCUCACUCACGAUCUUCAUCUCGCUCAUCCUCCCAUUCAAGCUCAAGGUCUAGGUCCAGGUCAAGAAGCUCCUCCAGUUCAAGGUCAAGAUCUCAUUCCAGUUCCAGAGAACGUUCUAGAUCCCGUGGGUCGAAAUCAAGAUCCAGCUCCAGGUCCGUCAGGGGUUCUUCCACCCCAAGAAAGAGAUCUUACUCGAGCUCUCAUUCGUCAUCCUCCCCUGAGAGAAGCAGAAAAAGAAGCCGAUCCAGAUCGUCUUCUGGUGAUUGCAAAAAAAGGCGAAUGAGAUCACGGUCACCUGAAAGAAAUCGCAGGUCAUCAUCUGGAUCUUCUCAUUCUGGAUCCCGCACAAGUUCUAAAAAGAAAUAAUAUAUUAAAAAACGGAAAACUUAAAAAAUAUAGCCCAGUGCAUGAGACAUAAAGAAGUUGGUGUCUUACUUGGUCAGAAGUGCUAAAUACUGCUAGUAGGGAGUGCAUGUUUUAUGGAAAACUGCAGCUUAUUUUAAUUAAUGAACCAAAAUAGUGAAAUAUUUUAAGCCAUAAAUUGACCCCUGAAAGGUGAGUAGUGUGACGUUUGCUUUGUUUUUCUUUUCAAAAAUUUGUGCCUCCUCCUUUUUCUUAGCUUGACCGGCUUCAAAAUGUGAAAGCUAAGUGAAGUCCUGUCCCAAUGCUUCCCUUAUUUGCCAUUUAGACAACAUGCAAAACUAAAGAGGGUGGUACAAUUGGCAUUAAUACGUGCUGGUGUAUUUCAUUUUCCCUUGCCCUCUGUGCACACAGUAGGAAAUUACUCAUUGUUACAAUGAGUUUUAAAAUAGAAAAUAUUUCAGUGUGAAAGCGACCUUCUAUUAUGGUUUUUACUUGAGAAGAAAUGCAUUUUUAGACAAAUGGGAAAAUAAUUUUCUGUAAGUCACAUACUAUGUUUUUUGAUACUAGGCAAAGGAAGAAAAGCUUACUUGUUAUGCUGAAUGUAUACUUUCCUGACAACAUAACUUUCUAGUUGGUGCUUCCUACAUUUUUGGUUUUUGAUAGUCAUAUCCUAAGCUAAAAAGUUAGCAGAUGAAGUAUAGUGACAAAGUACAAUAAAGCACUGAGAACCAGGGCAUUCAGGAUUUUUGAAACCUUUUACAGAGGAGUGGGACUGUAGCAUUCAAAUCUGUUUGCACAAGGCCAAAAAAACAAACAAACCCUGAAAUCAAACUGGCAAACCUUUUGUUUCAUGUUUGUAACUCUUACAGAAACUGUCACAACUCUUCUAAAAUAUAAUACUUCACCCAUGAAUCAUUGCAAGUAAUUUUCCUUGUUGACCAAUGUAAAUUUAUGGCUUAAAAUGUUUCAUAAAAUUUGUGUUACUAGCAAAUAUUUGUUAAAUACUGACCAAUUUUAAGUUCCUUUUGCUUGGGAGAAAUAUGUGUUAUCUUCAGUGACAUCCCAAGGUAAGUAUGUUAAGGGAGAUUAAUUGUUCAAGGAAACAAACAGUGUGUCAUCACUUGUAUGUAACAUCUUAUUUGUAAAGUGAACUGCAUAGAGUGACAAAUGCAGUAGAAACUAUUUUAUUUUACAUUUUUCUUUUAUGAACAUCUUAAAUUUCUUUUGGACUGAUCAAAGAGAAAACAGACUGCUUUUUGCUGUAGAACUGUUUUGGAUAAACUCGGCAUUAAAAAGGCCCUACAAUCCUGUAUUGCUUUCCUCUUAGGUAUACUUCUCUUUUGCUAAAUGUAGCCUAGAUUGCACAAGAACAGUUAGUCUCUUGUAACUGCCUCUGACUUCUUGAAAGUCUGUCUAAAAUUGUGAAAAAUCAGAUUUGCUAGAUGCUACAUGUUAAAGUUAGUUAUCCUUGUGGUUUAUAUUCCUAAGUAUUGUACCUAACCAGUUUUUUAAACUUGGCAAAAUGAUAAGCUAGAAUGACUAAGGGACAAUUAUGGGUGUCAUUUGGCUUGGAUUAAAAUGUACUGGUGUGUUCUAUGAAAAUACAAUUCUGUAGACAUAUGUAAAUAAAGCAUGCUGAUCAAAGAAAA